GUAGCAUCUAAGUAGUCUUUGAUCAAAAUGUACAUUGACAAUCUUCAGAGAAAUAAAUUCAUUCUUUAUUCAACCACCAACCGACAAGGUUCAGUUAUUUCAUUUGGCGACUGCGGGUGCGGAUUAUUCGACCCAUCGACGGCGGAGGUUAACUACUGGAACAAGUCCCGGUGUGUCACCAUCUGAUUUUGAAGGAGAAAACAAGAUUGAAGCAGAACAGAUCAAGAAGCGGAAGUCGAGCAGAAAAUAACAGUAGCGGAAAUCGAGCGGUCAAGAUCCGGACAGCGGUCAAGAUUCAGGAAACGGAAGCGUAGCGGUCAAGAUUCGGGAAGCAGAUUCGAGUACCAGGCGGUAUCGUAAAACACGAACAUUUGAAGAUGGCGUGGCCGAUGGUCAAUCCUCUCAUCCCACCAUUCGUUGAAGACGCAGAAGGGAGCGUAGCCAUUCGCUGGGAGGAAUGGAAGAAGCAAUUUAACGCGUAUGUAGAUUGGAGAGGUAUUGAAGACCACGAGGCCAAAUUCAAAACCCUGGCGUUAUUCGGUGGACCGGAUAUACGGAGAAUUAUUGACCAGAUCGAUGUGGACGAAAAUCAUCUGAUCGAAAACCGAUACCAUCUGGCUAUUGAAACACUGGAUGGAUAUUUCAUUCCCCGAAUCUCCAUCGCGUUCGAGUUGCAGAAGUUCCGGCAAGCGUCUCCGUUACCAGGAGAAAAUAUUGAAAAAUUUGCAUUUCGACUCCGGAAGCUUGCUGAAAACUGUGAACUUGGCGAACAAUCUGAAAAGUUGAUCGUUAACCAGAUAAUGUCGACCACGAAGGAUCUGAAAUUAAAGGCAAAAAUUCUGAAGAGUGAUUUACCCUUGAAUCAAGUUAUUGCUGCAGCUCGUGCUCAUGAGUCGUUGCAGUCUCAGUUGGAUCAAUGCGAAACAAGCGCAACUUCUUGUCCGGCGGAAAGCGUGCUGAAAAUCAACAAAAUGAACCGACAAUCGAAUGAAACAUUGAGGAACUACAAGCAGGAGAGGUGCCCCCGUUGUAACGGACGUCAUGCAUUCAGAAGCGACAACUGUCCUGCUAAAGACCAGAAAUGUCGUAUUUGUGGAAUAGUUGGACAUUUUGCCCGUUGCUGCCGUCAGAUAAGGAAACAUCGCAACUCUACCGAAACCACCAAUUCUAACAGACCAAGCAUCAGGAAGAAGCAGUACAUUCGAGAAAUUGAACGCACGGAUGAUGGAGCCCAUACAAUGGAUGCAGAAGCGGAAACAUUCGAUCUUUUCCAUCUGGACUCGAAGAAACGGACAGCGACUGUUUGCAUCGGUGGAGCUGCUAUGAAACUCAUCAUUGACACUGGAGCAGAUGUUGACGUGCUGUGUGAUCGCGAUUGGAAAACCUUAAAGGAAACCGGAUUUAUGGCGUUUAGCGUGAGAAAGGGGAGCAAGAAAUCGUUCCAGGCCUAUGGAACCAGCAACAAUCUCAAGGUCCUUGGAGAAGUUGAUUCGGAAAUCACAUGGAAAGGGAACACCGUUGAAACUACACUGUACGUUAUCGAGGGAGGAAAAUGUUCACUCAUGUCCGGAGAUACAGCCGAGAAAUUGGGAUUACUGAAGUUCGUACAAGCUGUGGAUAAUGUGGCCUUUCCCCACAUGCAAGAAACUCCAAUUCGAAUCCAAAUCAAAUCCAAUCAAGUCCAAUCCAGCUACAAUACCAAAACCCAAUCCAACACAACUUAA